CUUGCUCACUUCGUCUGCAUCUGAAGCCGUCCUGAAUGCUGAACCAUCCUCCUUUCCUGAUGUCCUGAUGCCCGGAUCCACCGUGGCAUGUCCCCCUGGACGCCGUCGUUCCCCAUUUUUUCACGGGGAAGCAGCAUCGAACAUUCCGCCGCCCCCCUGAGCACCGGGCUAAAAUCCCAUCUUCCUGAUCCUCGGGAUUACCUCAUGGCGCCCAUUCCAGGCGUACUCCGUAAGCUACGUCUCGUCGCUUUUCUCGCCUUCCACCACUGUCGCAUUGGGGCCAAAAGCAAACAUACCGUGUAUCUUCAACCUAAAGAAUAUGGUUUGAUUCAUUCACCGCGAGGGAUCUCUCCUCCAAGCCCUACCUGGCUAGCCUACGAGGGAAACCCAUGCGCCUCGUCAGGGCUUAGCAGAGCAACUCGCACCAGGGAGACCGAACGAUCCAUGCUAGUAAGUCGGAGUAGUGGGGGUGACGGUUUAGCAGCUGCCCCUCCUGCCCCUAUUAUUACGCUGGAGGCGUCCUCCUGUCAGGAAUCACGAUGCCAGCAGUAUUCCAUUCCGUCGAUAACCAGAUGCCGGGCCGGUCCAUGGCGGGUACUGUGCGUUCCACGAGCCAACAGGGAUUCGCCGUGUUUUUCUUUUUCUUUCUCUGGCUGCUUUGAACCUGGCGAUUGGGCUGCCUCGACUGGUGACCGUCUGCCGACCAGUUACAGAAGGGAUAUGUGUCCUUGGCCAGGCCAUUUAGCCUAUACUACGGACGAUAUCUUCUAGAAGGCAGUCCGGCUGGCAGCGAAAAGAGACGGAGGGCGUGCAGGGCCACUAGCCAUCCAGAAAACAUCCACCUUAAUAUCCCGGGCCCCGUCGAUUUCCACGUGGGUGGCCGGUCUCCAGUGUCUCACUCUCUCUGAAGGAACCUACCGAGGCAGGGGGCAUCGUCAUGGCCAUCGAUCCGUCAUCCAUGGAUAUUAUUAUUAACUUCUGACU